AUGGUUGAUGCUUGUCGGGACUACUAUCGAGGUAAUCGAACAGUACUCGCCAAAAUCGACGAAUUUGAACGAACGUAUCAUAUCGAUGAUUGUAUUCGUUGGUACACGAAAGAUACUUUUGUUUAUAAGCUCAUUAAUAAAGCAUUGAGAACACAAGAUGUUGAACAAUUAUAUGUAUUUCGCUAUUAUAUUACCGAUCUAUCUACAAGUCUCAACCGAGAAUCCAAAAAUUUUCUCUCAAGAAAUUCUAUUGUCCUUUGUCGUGGAGCAACAAUAUCUCAAGCAGAAUUUGAGAAACUCAAAGAAAACAAGGGUAAUCUUAUAUCAACUAAUAGCUAUUUCUCCACUAGUCGUUCACGAACAGUAGCUCAAAUUUAUGUUGGCUCGAAUACGUCGACAACAGUAGGAGUUCUAUUCGAAGUUGAAUGCAAUAUUGAAACAAAUAUUAUCUGUGCUGAUGUUUCCUAUUACAGCGAUGUACCUGAUGAAGAAGAAGUUUUGUUUGAUCUAGGCAUUACUUUUCGAAUACUAUCCGUUACACAAGGAAAUGAAAAAUAUUCACAGAUUUGGGUAGUAAAGAUGAUACCAACUAAUGAACAACAAACUAUGGUCAUUGAUUUCAUAAAAUAA